GCUCGAAAGCCCCACUCGCUCGUCCGCCGUCGUGCCGUGCGGUUCGUGUCGUGGCUCCGUUACGUGUUCUGCUGGUCGCGCGCGCGGUGUGCUUGCCAUCCUCACCGGGUGUUCGUUCUACUCAUUUUUGACAGCGGUCAUUAUCGUCAGCUGCACGGCAAUCACGAGUGACCAGUUACGCGAUUCCUAAGCCUCGUUCGUUUGUGUCUGUGAGUUAGGAGCUACGUCGAUUCGCGACGCGGUGAAUCGACGAUUCUACUCUCGGUAGAGUGAACAGGUACGACGAGAUUCGAUGCAGUGAAACGAGACUGUUGACUGUUACGCGUUAGUCGUCGUGAUUACCUUCGGUUGACACCGAGCAAGGGAUCUUCGACGUUACCUUGACGUGCAAAGGCUUCAACCUUGAGUGAGACGCGUCAAGGUAUCCUGACCGUGUUGGAGCGUUGGCAGAGUGUCGUUAGGCUUGGGAUUCGCGAUACGGAGCGGAACUUAAAAUCAAUAGUCCGCCGUGGAAGACGCGGGUUUUCGAACGAGACCGAAGACUUGGUGCUCUCGUGCCACGCAGUCAUACGGUGGGAGCGAUAAACUCGAGGGAAUUCGGAGGAACCAGUGUGGGUUCACACCUGUCCGCGACACCCUUCGUAACAGUGACGACUAGUUAAAGGACGAUCGUGUGGUGAUCCGUCGGGGCGAUCGUGAUACGCGAUCGUGUCCCCGAUCUAAUCGUGUCGUUAGACGUGUGCCGUUCGUCGACCAAAGUAGAUUGUGCCACGAAGUGUUUGUUUGUUAUUGUCAGCCCGCAACGUACGGGAAACGCUAAGGGGAUAUUAAAGUCGACCAGGAACACAGCCUACGCAUGCCGUGGAUCGAGGUGCUGAAUUCACCUUUAUUUUCUCCCAUGUGCAAGCAUGAAAGAGUAUUUCGGCAGCUGCAUGUGACUUAGAUGCUUGGAAAUAAGGAUUCGACCCAACAUCAACGAUAUCAGGAAAGAGGGGAAGAAGAGAGCCGGUUCUAGAAGAACCGAGCGCAAAUAAGCUUCCAGUUAGCUAGGCUACGAGCUUUUGUUUUUUCGCCGUGGGAAGCUGUUGGUGGGCUCGUCGGGCCCACCCUCUCAUCGGUCAAGCUGGCGAGCGCUCUAACCGCUGGUAUGAACCCCCACCAUCCGGGCCAUUCUGCAGCCUACCCGCAUCAUCCCUCGCUAUCGAGCAGUCCCCAUCAUUCUGGGCCUCAUCACGGCUACAGUACCGGCGGUGGAGGUGGCGGGGGUGGUGGCGGUGGUACCACCACAACCCCAGACUUGCCAAGUCCACAUUCGCCACCUCAUGGACCUGCCAUCGACCCAGCAACCCCUUACGCGUCCAUGCAACCUGGCCAGGGUAUGGGCAGCAAUGGACAUCAUCACGGCGGUGCUGGAAUGAUGAGCGAUCAUCCGCAUCACCCAGGCCACCCACACCCACACUUACCGGGCCAUACGGCUUACCCACCGGUCAAUCACAACAACAAUUGUACACUUAAGCAAGAAGGUGGCCCGAGCGGACCGACGGGGAUCCAACAGUGUGCCGGCUGCGGAGGCCAAAUAGUCGAGAGAUGGCUGUUGUUCGCGAUGGAUCGGUAUUGGCACAACGGAUGCCUAAAGUGCUCCUAUUGCAGCGCAGCAUUGGCGGAAAUCGGUCAUUCUUGCUACACGAGGAGCGGAAUGAUCCUCUGCAAAACCGACUACAGAAGGAUGUUCGGAAGCAGUGGUGCUUGCGCAGGUUGUGGCAACGCGAUACCUGCCAGCGAACUGGUAAUGAGGGCGGGUGGAUCGGUGUUUCACCAGAAAUGCUUCACGUGCAGCAAAUGUGGUAGUCAGCUGGUUUCCGGCGAUAGGUAUUAUCUGUUGUCGGGGGCACCGGUAUGCGAGACGGAUUGGCACAAAAUCAUAAAGUCGUCGAGUGUGGCGGCCGCAGCUGCCGCGGCGGCAGCCGGAAACGGUGGUGCACCGGUGAGAAAAGGUAAGGUCGGUCGGCCUCGAAGAAGUCGCGAAUGAGGUGGCAACCCGGUCGGUCGCCCGAAGAAGGUACAAGCCUCUCCACAGCCGACGCCCGCCGUCGUACCGUCACAGGUCGACGUGGUGGACGUGGCCGUAGGAGGGGAUCCCUAUUCGCCGCCUCCGCCGGGUCAUCAGCAGUACCACCAUCAUCACCACCACCAUCACCAUCAUCAUCAGAUGAGCCUCGUGCAUCCGGGACUGGCGGUACAGCAAACUCACCUGCAGGCGUCCACCUAUCAGGAUUGGUCUCCUUGGGCACAGGACACCUGCGAUUGAACUUUCAUUCGAGUUCAAUCACCAACGAAAUCCUUCUGUUAACCGUCAGACGGUCUUUCGUUUCUCCCUGGACUAUGGAGUUCGCCGAAAACUGUCGCGACGUACUGUUCGUUUGGAAAUGGUCGGAUAAAAGCAGCUUCCUCCUGCUCGAGAGUACUGUAGCUAAGGAGAGCAAACGGAGGAUUCAUCCAGGUGGGACGAGGAUCAGGAAAAUGGUGAACGAGUUUCGUUACCUGUGACAGAAACAGCACGUGUAUCGUCGUUAGACAAAAACUCCAUUAGGAUGUGUGUUCUCCACGACGAAUUGUAUACGCGUGAGAAUGUGCUGCGUGCGUCUGUCGUCGAUCGUUGACUUCUCCAGCCUCCUCGAGCAUGAUCGAGAACGAACUGGCGUAGUAGCUGUCUCGUGUUUGAUCGCUCGUUGAAUCGGGCGCACGCGACUCCACGGUCUCCUUAAUCAAUAAUCUUUGCUCAAUCACGGAGAAUCGAAGAUAAAAUCGAGUCGUGUCCGGGCCGCGUCGCAUCGUCGCCGCCAGCGGUGUAACGGCAGUUUUCUUCGGCUUCGUUCGAUCCUUUGAUGCUCAUCCCCUGCUCGAUCGAUCUGGUAAUCCUGUUUAAUCGCAUGCUAAACACCUGAUACUCUUUUUAUCGCUCGCGUUCCCCGACGCACAACGUUUCCUCCUCUAACAUGUACAUCUACACAGCUAAUCAACUUUUUCAAUCAACUGGAUCUGUAACAGACAUUAUCGCGAAUCAAGAAAGCGAAACGAUGGCAAAUUCGAUUCGUCAUUGACGUUCUUGUAUUAUCUUAUGAGAAAUUUUUUUUCUUAAUUCUCCGUUAUACAGCCUGGAAAUGAAUUUUCUAUCGAACGUCCAGCGAACCGAUCGAAUCUCGAGGACGUGAUUUACAUUCGAUAGAAAAGGAAACGUUAAACGACAGAAUCGCAAGAAUUCACGAAAUGGGGAGUCUGAACCUGACGCGGAGACCUCGAGCACACACCAGGUCCAAAACGUGUCACGUAUGCGACGAGAAAAUUUCGUCUACCCGGUCGGAUAAUUCGGCGAUUGAAACGAUGGCCCGCGUCAGCUUCACUCAGCCCUUAGAAAAUUAUUUUUCUUUCAAAAUCACCGACCCCCUUCUCUCGUCUCCGGGGGUUCCGUAAACUCAUUAACCGUUUCUUGUUCUCGCGAUCGUUAAUCGAGGUCUCUUUCUCUCGCCAUCGAAUAAAAAAAAAAGGUCACACCGCUGUGAAAUCGUCGAACCAGCGAAAUUAUCAUUCGAAUCUUUCUUGUUAACCUUUCGCGUCCGAACAGCCCUUUAUCUUCCAUGGAAAUUUCAUGAUCCACACUAGACACGUUAAAAAUUGAACGAUCACCCGCGUUCGCUAUGUUAAUUAUCGACAAAUUCGACGCGAGAGCAAGCGUGAUUGGCGUACGACGAGAAAGAAGAAUCCAGGCGUGCAGGACUUCCGGGAAAUCAAUGGACGAUGGUUCCAUCAGUAUUUCAUCCGUGUCGCGAUCGUACGGUUGACGAUUAAAAUUUCUCGUUUAAAGUGCAUCGCGAUACGAGAGCUGUACAACGGAGAAAGAUCGUUAUUUUUUCAACGAGAUAAAGACCCGAUGCAUAAUCGCGAAGGCCCGUUCUCGAUGAAACCGAGGGAAACUGUCGUGCGACGAGAACGCGAGCACGCCCGAUGUACGUCCAGGGAUACGCUGGUGAAAACUUCGCGCAGCCGUGGAUGAAGCGUGUAACAAUAGAUUUUAUCUAAGUGGCAGGGUUUCGACAUCCGCAAUAAACAUUUACGUGAAUGUAAUAAUUGUGAACACGUUUACGAUGUGUAUCUACUGUCGACAAUUGGCCUCGAGUCCGGUGUCGUUCGAAAUUCAAACAUCCCCCUCGUCUUUCUCGUUUCCAGCUUGUACAAAAACGCUUCCAUUUCCGUUUCCGUUGAACACACUGGUUGUUUGGCCAGAGAACAAGACGACGAUAACGAACAGGGAAAACGACACGGGCUCAGGCACGUUCGAAGCUCAAUGCGAAACUAAAGACACAUGUUUUGGGUGUAAAUCAUGCGGGGGUGGUUCUUUUGGUUCGUUUCAUGGCAUCGAGUAUUUCGUUGAAUUUCUUUUGAAAAUAUAAUUUAAUCUUUUGUCUUAUGAUCAUCUUACACCAAUCGAUGUACACCUGACAAUCAAACGAGAAAAAGGCAAGAAAUAAUUAUCAAUCUCACUGCUUUAUCUAAAUUACUUCAUCAACGAUCUAUUAAUAAUUAUCGAUCCCAUAAAGCGAACCAUCGUCUCCGUGCCGUACAACUGAUUGUUACUCGUUUAUCCGUCUCGUUCUUAACGAAAGUUUUAUCUGUCAGAACGCCGCCGCGCGCUUACGAGGUAUUCCAAGCGGAAACAAGAGAGAGAAUGUGAGAGAGAGAGAAAGAGAGAAUGCUGGCGAUUUUCGACGCAAAGUUGAUCGCGUAUCGGAGACACGAUGCCUGACGAAAAGGGAGAUCGUCCAAAUGAUUUCAAAUUCCCACGUCGAUUUCUCUUCAAUCUGGCUCGUUCGCCGCUCAUCGAAAGACCCUUCGAUCCUGACGCGUGUUCGCGCGAGCAAUCGUGACGCAAGCGGACCGAGAUCAAGCUAGAUCGGACGAAGAGGGUCGCCGCGCCGCGCUGCGUGUUGGAUCGUGUAAUUUAAUCUUGUACAUAGGGUACAUUUUGUAUAUUGUUAAAAGUUUGUGUGAUAUAAAUGGUUAUGUAUUUACUAUUAAAGCGGCGAUAUUAAUUGGGGACUUCGCACGUCCCUAGGCGAUCAUGGGUGCGAUGGUUUUGUGACCCACAACCACUGGGUGGGCUUCAAUAUUCUGUUCGAUGAUGCUUGAAAAGGAUUAUUUAAAAAUCUAUGAAUUUAACCCUUUCGCUGUGACGUCUGUUGUGUAAUUAAUCGUAAAUAAUUAAGUUAGUCCUCAAAGUGUUAAUUUUCAUUUUUCAACCACACAGCGAAAAGGUUAUCAGAUAGCGUUAUUAAAUUCGAUCCCGUUCCUUUUUUCCUCCAAGUUCUCUUCAAGCCUUUCGUUAUGAAGGACUUAACUAUAGUGGCCAUUUACGAACCCGUCCUUACGUACGAGAAGCCAUUAUAGUGACCGUGUUAAAUUUUCAAUGCCUGCAAUUUUCUCUUCUAAACGUAAAUUUUAUUUGUGACAAAGUACAAACACGUAACUCAUUUUCUGUAUAGCGAUAGUAGUUUUUGAUUAGCUCAACCGUAACGAAAGGGUUAAGAAAAUUGUAGUUAAACAGAGGACUCCGAGUAUCGAACAAACAAAGGUGCCGUCUCAUUUUCGAUAAAUGAUUCGAGAAAAGGAAUGUUCAUUCGCAUCCAGUGGUGGUGGACAGUUUCCAGAGGAUCGUCCUCAGUUGAGCGUACACGCGGUUAGAUCAGCACGAUCUUCUUCGCGCGUUUAGUUAAUUUUGUUAUUUGAUUUAUCUCGACUUCUUAAACCGGAAGCCGGACAUCUCUGAAUGGUUUCGCGGCCUCUUGUAAAAUACAAAAUACACGGACACACAUACAAAACACGUUUAUUAAUUAAAUAAAAAUCACAAGUUUUUAGAA